AUGCCGUAUUUCCAAAGUAGCUGUCUCUCGGCUGCACGUUUUCAACAAGUUCCUCCGCCAAGAGGCAGCAUCAAAACUCCCAAAGACUUUCUUGAGCGAAUCGGUAGAGGAUGCGCCGAUUUAGCUGACAAAUUCAAGACUUGGGAUGAACUUUUCACUACGACUGGUAAACAAAUGAAAGAUGAUAUGGCAAUAGGGACCAGGCAAAGAAGAUGGAUCCUCGCGUGGACAGCUCAUUAUCGAUGUGGUAUUGAUCCUCAAUUCGAGUUGCUUCCCCUUCAUGGAGCUCAAAUGAGCUCUACUGUAUCAUUGAAUGGUCUCAAAGGUUACCUCAAAUCAGUAUUGAACAAUGAAGAUUCACGGCAAAUUUUCUUCUUCUUAGUGUUGAACCUAAGUUAUAUGUUUGUGCAAAUGAUAUAUGGGAUUUGGACAAAUAGCUUGGGUUUAAUAUCUGAUGCCAUUCAUAUGUUCUUUGACUGUCUAGCCUUAGGCGUUGGUUUAAUGGCUGCUAUCAUGAGUAAAUGGCCUACGAAUAACAAAUUCACUUAUGGGUAUGGACGAAUUGAGACACUGUCAGGCUUUGCUAAUGGAAUUUUUCUCGUUCUUAUUUCAAUCUUUAUUCUUUUUGAGGCAUUAGCGCGUUUGAUGGAUCCACCCGAAAUGAAUACUGAUCGCUUACUGUUGGUCAGUUUUUUGGGACUUCUCGUGAAUCUUGUUGGUAUUUUCGCAUUUAAUCAUGGUCAUAUACAUCAUGGACAUUCACAUGCUCAUGGUCAUCAUAAUCAUCAUCAAGAACCAAAUAAUCAAGAUAUGAAUAAUGGAAAAUCACAUACAAAUCAUCAUCACCACCACGAUCAUCACCAUCACCACCAUCAUGAAGAAAAUGCUAACAUGCAAGGCAUCUACUUGCAUAUCCUAGCGGACACACUUGGCUCGGUUGGCGUACUUGUAUCAACAGCUCUAAUAGAACAAUUUGGAUGGACUGGAUUUGAUCCCUUAGCAUCGAUUUUCAUUGCUAGUCUUAUAUUUACGAGUGUGAUUCCAUUAUUAAAAAAUUCGGCAAGAGUUCUGAUGCUAUCAUUAACCGAUAGUCUGGAAAGAAAAGUUAAAGAUGGUUUGAAUGAGAUUUUGCACAUUCCUGGCGUUCUAUCAUUCACUAUGCAUCGUUUCUGGCCAAGCGAUGUAGAUUGUUUGAUUGGUAGUGUGCAUAUACAAACAACAGACGAUGCUGACGCGUCAACUAUUACUGAGAAAGUCACAAACUUACUCAAAUUUCACAUAGAGAAUUUAAACGAGUUAACCGUUCAG